AUGGUCGGAAACUAUGACUGCACUCCUUGUCCUCCUAACUCAACGUCGUCUAGAGGAAGCAAAGCUUAUUCUGAUUGUCUCUGUAAUUCUGGUUUUACUUCUGUCGAAGGCUUGGAAUGCACUCCAUGUGCGGCUGGAACAUUCAAGAAAUUGAUUGGAUUUUCAACUUGCAUACCUUGUCCUUUGAAUUCAUAUUCGUCUGCAGCAAGUAUAUUAUGUCAAUGCAACGCGGGAUACAUUGACAACGGAAACGAUAGCUGUAUUGCAUGCCAAGCAGGGAAAUAUCGAAGUGCUGAUUUGCUAAAUUGUACAGAUUGCCCUGGAAAUCUUACCUCUGAUUUGGGAAGCUCGUCUAUUGAACAGUGUACUUGUGAUUCUGGCUCGUAUUACUCCAUCGAUGGAUUCUGUAAAUCAUGUGAAGCUGGAAAAUAUAAAGCGUUUCCAGGAAAGGAUGACUGCAUGACGUGUUCAGCCAAUUCAACAUCAAAUCCAGGAGCCAUUGCUUGCGUUUGCAAAGAGGGAUAUACACCUGUCAAUGAACAAUGUGUGGCAUGUGAUACGAACACAUACAAAGACAUCAUCGGAAAUCUUUCUUGUAACCUUUGUCCAAACACCAUGAUCUCAAAUUUUGGAAGCAUUUCCGUCAACGAUUGUCAAUGUGCUCCAGGAUACACAAGCACACAGAAUCAAAACUGCACCAAAUGCAUAGCAAACACGUACAAGAGCGAGGCAGGGUCGGCCACCUGCACGGCCUGUCCGGGCAACGCCAGCAGCCCGCCAGGCAGCGACGCGGUCGAG